CCUUCCCAGAUCAUCCACCAAAUCCUCUUCCGCCUCUCCUCGAUUAACAAAUCCCCCAACCACUCCAGAUCCCCAAAACCCUAGCCGCCCCCACCCUCCGGCGAUGGCGAACCCGCGCGUCUUCUUCGACAUGACGGUCGGCGGCGCACCGGCCGGUCGUAUCGUGAUGGAGCUCUACGCCAACGAGGUUCCCCGCACGGCCGAGAACUUCCGCGCGCUGUGCACGGGCGAGAAGGGCGUGGGGAAGUCGGGCAAGCCGCUCCACUACAAGGGGUCGACGUUCCACCGCGUGAUCCCGGACUUCAUGUGCCAGGGCGGCGACUUCACCAGGGGCAACGGGACGGGAGGUGAGUCGAUCUACGGCGAGAAGUUCCCCGACGAGAAGUUCGUGCGCAAGCACACGGGGCCCGGGGUGCUGUCCAUGGCCAACGCUGGGCCCAACACCAACGGCUCCCAGUUCUUCAUCUGCACCGUGCCGACGCCCUGGCUCGACGGGAAACACGUCGUGUUUGGGCAGGUUGUGGAGGGGAUGGAUGUCGUCAAGGCGAUUGAGAAGGUUGGGUCUCGCAGUGGGUCCACCGCUAAGGAGGUCAAGAUCGCCAACUGCGGCCAGAUCUGAUAGGUGUCGAGCUUGCCGCCGCCGCCCUCCGUCGUUCGUCAUCGGCUCGUCGUCCUCCCCCCUCCUCCUUCCAUGCUCCUGUUCAAUUCCCUUCCCCUUCCUCGCUCUGAAUAAGAUGGCGUACUGUCGGUGAUCUGAGAGGUGGUUUGAGUACUUGAGUCUGAAUUUGUGUCCCUAGUGUCGUUUGUGUCAUCUGUCCGUUUAAUCGUUGGUGGUGACUAGGGUUUCAUAGGUGGCCGAUCCGUGGAUCUGGUGUAUCUUGCCUGCCUAAUUAUUUCGUCGUCGUGUUUCUGCUGUGUAAUGGUGUGAUCGGGCAUGAUGAUUAUGCUAAGACAACUGCUGAAACUUGCUUUAAUUUUCUUGUUCUA